UCCAUACUCACUUCUCCUUUCUGCCUAACAAAGAAGAAGAGACUAGCAAAGGGCUUAAAAUGCUCUUCUGGAGCUGCUAAAUCUUGUUUAUAACUAUAUACUGUAUAGGGCUAAUAUAUUUUACAAAGCCAUGUCUAGAUAUCAUAAGGCAGCCAUUGAUGGUAAUUUGGAUCUGUUGAAGGAGGCCACUAGGAAAGACCUGAACACUCCGGAUGAUGAUGGGAUGACCCCGACUCUCUGGGCCGCUUAUCACGGCAGACUAGAGGCUCUGCAACUCAUCUGCAGCAGAGGUGGAGAUCCCAACAAGAGCGACAUUUGGGGAAACACACCCUUACACCAUGCAGCCUCUAACGGUUAUAGACACAUACUGAACUUCCUGGUGAACUUUGGUGCCAAUCUCUUUGCGCUGGAUAAUGAUUUCCACACACCAAUGGACGUUGCGGCAUCUCGAGAUCAUAUGAACUGCGUCCACUUCCUAGACAAUGCUGCUUCCCAGCAGAUGAUGAAGAACCCCAAACAUGUGGAAAACUUGAAGAAACAAGCAGCCAAAGAUGCAAAACACAAGGUGAAGGAGUGUGAAAAGGUCAAGCAGAGGCACCAGAAUAAGAUGGACAGGAUGUACCGUGCCAGUGUAGGCUCUGCCUCUGAAGCCAAGCCAAAUUUUUCAUCUAGCACCGGAACCACAAACAGCUUAAAUCAGCUUGUUGCUUCCAACAAAUUUGGGUCCAUUAAAGGAACUCUUCAGCGCAAGUUUGGAAAGAAGGGCACCAUGUCGAAAAAAGCAGAGAAUGAAACAGCCCAAAUGGCAGAAUUAGAAGAUGUCUUCAAUGAGCAGGAUGAAAAUGAAGAGGAUGAAGCUGGAACUGGUGAAUUUGAUGAUGAAGAAGACAAUGAUGCAGAUCAGGCAGAAGAAUCCCUGUUUAAGAGACCAGGCCUUGGAAAGAUGGUCUUCCGAAAGAACUUCUCCAUGGAAAUGGGAGUCGAACCAGAUGAAUUUCCUAUUGGUGACACAGAGGACCUGGGAUUCCUGGUCCGUAAGGAGGUGUUUGAAGCAGAGGACGCAGGACUGGAUGACCAAUCCGAAGAGGAUUCACAAUUGCCUUGGAACCAGGAGGAGAUUGGAUUGGAAGAAGACGAGGAAACUUCACCCCUGCAAUCCUUCCUGUCCUCUGUAAACCUACUAGACUUUGCUCCUGUGUUUAUCCGUGAGAAGUUAGACCUGGAGGCCCUCAUGCUCUGCUCAGACGAUGAUCUAAAAGGCAUCCGAAUCCAGCUUGGGCCUCGCAAGAAGAUUCUGGAAGCAGCAGCUAGAAGAAAGGCUGCUUUGGAGAAACCUGGUGUAAUGAAGGACACCUUUCUGUGACAUCAAAUAUUCAAACUCAUGCUGUAUAUUUCCACAGAUGCUCAGCUGUACGAUAUUGUAAAGUGAAAUGUGAAGAAACUGUAUUCUUUCCAAGCAUUGCCUGCCACUUCAGUAACUUUAGAACCUAAAAAUAGAAAUUCUGAAAUGAAUGUCUAUAAUGCAUGCCAAAAAUUCCUGUCAUCUACUCAGUGACUUUAACAGAUACAAUCAUGUGAAUAAGGUUUUCCAUUAUAAAUUGCUUACAAAUAAAGUCACAUUUUAUAACAUA